ACCCCCCCGGACUCACCCACUCCACCCUGCUGAAGAAGCACAAGAACUUUUGUAUUUUGAUUAACACGUGGCACAAGUUAGCGAUCUCAUCUCUUUUUAUUUUAUUCGCACACUCCAUUAACCCCCGAUGCCUGUACGCGUCUCUCUCUCUCUUUAACUCGGUUACCACAGGAAACAAAACUAUGAACGUUGGUGAAUAACUUAUUUCAGACUGCAACAGCACGGUCACAGGGAACACGUAUCUAAAACACCAGCGACUGGGUGUGACAGGUUUUUUUUGAAGCCAGAAAAAAAACAACUUUUUUUUAGAAAGCGCAACAGCGGAUGCCAACUGUCCCGCUGCUAUUCAGAAGCCGCAGGCGCUGGUCCGGGAGCGCCGCUCAGGUGUGUCGAGCUGUAUAACUGUGCAACCCUGGUCUCUCUGUCAUUUAAGACGGGUUUAUUGUACUUGUGGAAAGGAGAGCACGAUACCUCCCGGUUUUUUGGUAUCUGGUUCCCAGACUGCCCUUGAAGACAGACAGCAGUGGGCGUCGGCCUGUUGAUAAGGGAUGUCGCUGAAAGUGAAUUUGAUUGGCCCGUCUCCCUGGGGCUUCAGGAUAUCUGGAGGGCGGGACUUUAAGAAGCCCAUCGCUGUUUCCAAGGUGAAUGUCGGCAGCAAGGCUGAGGUCGCUGACCUUCGACCCGGCGAUGUCAUCCUGGAGAUUAAUGGUCAGGGCACAGCGGACAUGCUCAACGUGGAGGCCCAGAACAAGAUCAAGACCAGCAAGGCACAGCUACUUCUCACCGUGGACAGGUCGGAGCCUGCUUCUCCCGGACAGACGAACGGGAUCCUGUCCCCGGAACCCUUAUCCUCGCAGUUCCAGGAGGCGCUGCAGGUCAGCCGAGACGAGAACCAGAACUACAGCAAGCCCUCGUACCGGAGCCCCUACUCCCCCGAGCCUCUCGCCCCCCGACACUCCCCUGGCUACGGCAAGCCAGACACGCCCCCCAGCACCGGGAGCAGCUUCCAGUCUCGCUCCUGGUCUCCUGUAGACAAGCGUUUCAGCCCCAAAGUGUCCUUGGACUCCCCAGGUCCCCAGGAGCCCGUGGCAGAUGUGCGAAGGAACUCCCUACCCAGGACCCCCACCCCCCCAGGCUGGACCCCCCCUCGCAGCCCCAGAGAGCGCCCCCUGGAUUCCUGGGAGACCAGGGCCUCCCCCAGCAGGAGGUCAGUGCGGACAGUACUUCAUACUGUGAGCUCGGACGCAGCCAUGCAGAAGUUUGACCGGGACUCUGAGGUGUACAAGAUGAUCCAGGAGAACAAGGAAUCGCGCGCAGCCCCCCGGCAAUCCAACACCUUCCGCGUGCUGCAGGAGGUACUGGAGUCGGACGAGCAAGUGGCGACAGUCCGAUUCCCAGGAGCGUUCUCUCCGAGCCCCCAGAAAGCCGUCAGUUCUGUCGCUGGGGUUACCAGAUUCCACAUCUGUGAGAAAUGCAACACCAGCAUUGUGACGCAGGCGGUGCGCAUCGUGGAGGAUCGAUACAGACACCCCGAAUGCUACACCUGCACGCAGUGCGGACUCAACCUCAAGAUGAGGGGACACUUCUGGGUGGGGGAGGAGAUGUUCUGCGAGAAGCACGCCCGUGAGCGCUACCAGGGGCCCCCGGGGGCCACCCUCACAACCGUCUACCCCAAAUCCUAGAAAACAUCCACAAACAAACUCUGCAGCAUGUUGAAUCUCCACACCCUGGCCUGGGUCACGCAGGACUAAAGCUGGGCAGCAAACAGCCCUUACAUACCCCACUGACCCCCAGCUCCACCGAGGGAGGGAGACCAAGCAAGCGUGUGUGUUUUGGGUGCACAGUCCCAGGGAGAAACCGACCAGCUCUCUUGGCUUGUUAAAUUAUAUGUGGCCGACAGUGUUUUUGUGUAGGGCGCCUGUCCUCGAUUUCUCUUAAGAAAGUUUCCCAUCGUAAAAGCACAGCAAAGUGUAAUAAAGCAUAGAGAGGUAUGGUAAAGCAUAUUAAAAAAUAUGGCAAAUGCAUAAUACAUAACCAUGGAAGAAGAAAAAGCAUGAGGAAUUAUCAAGCACAUUUUCCAUGGUGAACUUUAAGGGUGUUUUAUAGCACUGCCUCGCUCUUAGCUGCUUUAUUAGUGCCUCUGAUGUGAUUAGUUAUUGUGAGCAGGGGCCACUUAGUGAGUCAAUGGAGUGCGAUGGUUUUCACACACACACACACACACACACACACACUUGCUCCUAAUUCCUGCUCUCCUCCCAUGCUGGUUUUCUUUCAUAUUUGAGUUUAUAUACAGCAUAUGUAUACUUUCUAUAGGCAAACAUUUGUUGCAUAAUUAAAUGCGUCCGUAGUGGGACAUCCACAAGGAGCAGCUGCCCUCAACA